CGUUGCAGCCGGUAUAAAUUGACCGUCGGAAGUACACUAGGCCACUGUUGGUCCUCCCAUAUAGCUGACGUUCGACUGUUAGCUUUGAAAAUCGCUCUCGCGCAAACAUGGUGUUCAAAUUGGCGAUCUGUAUGGCGUUGGUUGCUGCAGCAUGCGGCAACCAUCACCACUCGUUGAAGACUAGGGCACUGGACAAACACUGCUAUUUGAAAUGUACGGGAGGCAACGGCACCGUAACCGUCGUUACCCCACGACCCUCCGUCACCCCCGUCGGUACCCGGGAAACGCCCCGUGGUACCGGCCACACCUCCGCUACUCCCACUUCGAACACCGGUACCACCGGCACCGGCGGCAUAACAGAAACGUCGGGAAGUACGGGUACCACGUCCGACGAACCCGCCGUGACUACGGGUACCACCGAGCCAAGCGAGACUACGGGCACCACCGAAGGAUCCACCGCAAGCGAUCCCCAAACCUCGGAAACCGAGAGUACCCCCACCACCCAGACUGGCGGCCAGACAGGAACCACCGAUCCAAAUAUCCAGCAUUGCCCGUGCAAGUGCGUCGACGAUGACGGCAACGUCCAUUGGGGUGGAUUGAGGGGGGUUGAAGAGAAACGCGCCCACCAUCAGAGUCGUGCGCACGGAACCCACGACAAGGAACACCAUCAAAGCAGGAGUCACCACGGCGAACACGAGAAGCAGCACCACCAGAGCAGAAGCCACCACCACCACGACCAGUAAAUUCGACCAGGCCGCGACGAUUAACCACCACCGAAAUUUUUGAAUGCGAAGGCAGCGUAGAAUGUGCAUACCAUUUUUUUUUCUUGCCAAUAGUGUGUGCUAAAUAAAAACAUGUCUUGGAAAA